AUGUCCAUAGGGACCUUCUUGGCGGAUGAGAACUUCGGUUCUUGGGCCGAUGAAAUGGAGGACAUGCCCUUGCCUUCCACCUCGGAAUCGCGCUCGACCUUUGGCGGGGAACGUCGCACUGUCAGUUCAACUGCGGGCUUCGGAAACGGCUAUAACGAUCGCGAACGUCCAGCAUUCGCCCGUCCUGACCUACCUCUUCCCACAGAGCCCCCGUAUACCGCCCACAUUGGGAACCUAUCCUUCGAUGCAACUUCUGAGGAUGUCUCCCAACUGUUCGCCGACUGCGAAGUGACCAACGUCCGGAUCGUCGAGGAUAAGCUGAACCGCACUCCCAAGGGCUUCGGCUAUGUUGAAUUCGCCAGCGUUGAGGGCUUGAAGAAGGCGCUCACAUUCUCAGGCACAUCUCUUCAAGGACGUGGUAUUCGUGUCAGCAUUGCAGAGCCACCCAAGGAAUCUCAACAGUCUCGUGACUUCAGCGACUGGACUAGGAAAGGUCCUCUCCCAGACCUGCCUCGCCGUGGAAACGACCGACCUGCUCGGGACUUCCCUGAUAACAUUUCGGAUGGAGGGAGUGUACGGGGCGAGCGACGCCGCUUUGAAGGUGAUGGAAAGCCCCGCGACUUUGGAAAUUGGGAGCGCAAGGGUCCAUUGUCUCCGGUUUCUGCCGCUGCUGUCGGACGUGAAGGAGGCCGCCCACGAAACACCGAGGGUUCAGGUUUUCGCAAGAACUCCCCAGCGUGGGGAGAAGGACGUUCCCAGGACGGCUCAAGACCACCUCGCCGUGAGUUUCAGGAGCGACCCGAAAGACCAGAGCGUACUCCCACAGCAGCCGAUUUGGACAACCAGUGGAGAGCACGUAUGCGCCCGGAUCCUGCCCCCAAGGAGCCCAGCGCUCCAUCUUCGCCCGUUGCAGCUACCCCAACCCCUGCUGCUCCUGCUCCCGCUGUGCGACCGAAACUAAACUUGCAGAAAAGGACAGUGUCGGAAAAUGUCCAGAGCCCCCCACCCAGCGCUGGUGGUGCUGGUGACUCCAAGGCAAGCCCAUUCGGUGCUGCCCGGCCUAUUGAUACUGCUGCUAGGGAGCGAGAGGUAGCCGAGAAGCGUGAUCGGGCCCGCAAGGAAGCUGAGGAUAAGACCAAAUCUGAGAAGGCAGAAAAACGUCAGUCAAAGGAGAAGACCAAGUCCGAGAAGGCGGCGGAUGGUGAUGCCAAUGGAGCUAAGGAGACGGAUCCUGAUGUCCCGAAGAAGUCGAAUUUCGAGGUCCUUCGACGGGCCGACGAGGAUGGGAGUGGCAUGGCAGCUGACGAGGAGGAGACCGAGGCUGCUGAGGAAUCUACUGCUACAAAGGAUGCGACAAAAGAAGCGCCUUCUGGCAAAGCCAACGGUAGCUGGCGAAAGGCUGAGCCUGCUGCGAAUGAGGCCGAUGACGAAGGCUGGAGCACCGUUUCUACUGGCAAACGCAACAAGGGCCGUGGCCGCGGUUAUUAA